GGUGUCUAAACCAUUAUAGUCAGGCAUUCCCUUUUGUGCGCAUAUUGAAUUCAAAACGAAAGACACAAAGUUUUUUCCCUAGUGAGACAAUCAUUUCGUUAUUUGCACCGAAUGGGCACUUUUAUAAGUUCUUUUAAGGAUGCUCAUGAGGAGUUGUUAAAGGCUAUCCAUUUGGAUGAAUUCCUUCUUCUCUUCACGCAGUCAGAGAAGAGAUCCAACCUAUUGGAUGCUUUUUUGAAAGAGAUGAGUCUCUUCUACCGUUCGGUGAAUUGGUCAGAACCAUUUUUUUAUUAUUUGGCUGCUUUUCACACCAUGAUCCUUUUGGUUAUCCUGAAUGUGACGGUGUUGCGUCCUUGCUCCGUAGAGCGUCUUUUCGUGUGCAGCAUCUUCCUUCUAGCACUGGCCUUUUCGGCUGUUCCGCUAAACCGUAUUGGGCAAAAGUAUGGUGAGUUAUUAUUCCGCACGUCUCGCGUCAAUUAUUUUGACGAAUCUGGAGCUUUUCUAGCGAUAUUGUAUUGGGCUCCUUUAAUGAUUGAGGUAGUUUGGAUUGAGUUAUGCAUCAUUGCGCGGGUGUGCAUGGAAAUAGUGCGACUGAAUCAGCAGCAUAUUACUUCCCAGGCUAGGAACACGGCUCAAUCGAACGAAGUGAAGAGUAAAAAUAUCCAAAAGAGCUAA